UGAUGACGUCACGGCAUCGCGCCGCUCUCACGUUCGUGAGGAUCCGAGAGUCUGGAAAUAAACCGAAAAUAUUGACACUUACAAUUAAAAACACAAUAAACAAGUGGCCAUAGUCAUGGGGACGACAUUCGAGCAGAUGAGAGCGAAUGUCGGCAAACUUCUGCGCGGCAUCGACAGGUAUAACCCGGAGAAUCUGUCCACGCUGGAGCGAUACGUGGACACACAGGCCAGAGAAAACACCUACGACCUGGAGGCCGACCACAAACUCUCUCUCAGUGCAGUGGACCCGGAUGUGUUGUGAUGUAUGGAUCUUCUAUGUUCUCCGUUCAUCUGUCACGUCGUGGGAAUCACGUACCAGAACAUCGAGCACCGGCUGCUGGCUGAGAUGCUGGGAGAUCCUCUGGGUGAGACUCCACACACACACACACACACACCUGAUGAUGUUAAUCUCACCACAGACACCCAGGUGAAGGUCUGGAUGAAUAAGUACGGCUGGACAGAGAAUGAAGAUGGACUGAUAUUCAUUCACAGUCAGGAGGAGAGCGUCAAGCCCAAGAACAUCGUGGAGAAGAUCGACUUUGAGAGUGUGUCCAGCAUCAUGGCCACAUCACAGUGAACACACACACACACACACACACACACACACACUCAAUCUCAUGCCUCAGUUUCCUCUUGAUUUAAUUU